AGGACCUGGCUGCUAUUGGCUGUAGCCCUGUGGGGGUCUUGGACCUGGUGGUCCCAGGGACUGUGGAGGAAGACUUUUAAAAUGCAGAGUGCUGUGAACUUUCUCCCCCAGGGCUCCUCUCUGGCCUCCCCUGUCCAUGCAGCAGCAGUGACAGGGGACAAGGCGACAUUACUGCGCCUCAUAGGCUCCAAUUCAGGGCUGACAGACCAGGAGGACCAGUUAGGACGGACGCCCUUGAUGUACAGUGUGUUGGGGGACCGCAAAGCGUGCGCUGAGGCUCUGUUGCGGCACGGCGCCCAGGUCAAUCGUUGUGACAGGAGUGGCCGCUCUGCGCUACAUUUAGCAGCCCAAGCCGGCAACCAUCGCCUGCUGAAACUUCUCCUGGCCCGUAAGGCAGACUGCACCCAUCGUGACCUGCGUGACAUUACCGCCCUGCAUCUCUCCACGCGUCACCAAGAUACUCGCUGCCUGGCUCUACUCCUCAAAAACACGCCGCCGGGUCAGGUGGAUGCUCAGGAUCAGCGCAAACAAACAGCACUUCAUUGGAGUGCGUAUUACAACAGGCCGCGCCAUGUCAGGCUGUUGGUGCGGCAUGGGUCCAACAUUGGUAUCCCUGAUCAGGAAGGGAAAAUACCCCUACACUGGGCUGCAGGUCACAAAGAUCCAGAGGCAGCAUGGACAGUGCGUUGUUUGCUAGAAGCAGCUCCCACUGAAUCCCUCCUCAAUUGGCAGGAUUACGAAGGACGCACCCCGCUGCAUCUUGCUGUUGGUGAUGGUAACCAAGAAGUAGUGCGGCUUUUGAUGUCAUACCGCGGUUGCAAUGGGGCCCCGUAUGACAACCUGUUCCGUACUCCAUUACACUGGGCUGCACUGUUGGGUCACACUUCUAUUGCACAACAGCUUCUUGAAAGAAAUCAUUCCCCCAAUAUACUUUCAGAUAGUCAAGGAGCUACUCCACUGCAUUAUGCAGCCCAAGGAAAUUGCCCGGACACUGUACGAGUACUGCUGUCUCACUCGUCGGUGAGAGAUGAAGCCGAUUUGGAAGGAAGAACUGCAUUUAUGUGGGCAGCAGGAAAAGGCAGCGAUGAAGCAAUAAAAGCUAUGCUUGAGUUAGACUCCAACUUAGAAGUCAACAGAACUGAUAAAUAUGGUGGAACAGCACUCCAUGCAGCUUCUCUCUCAGGACAAAUAAGCACAGUACGGAUUCUUUUAGAAAAUGGUGCCCAAGUGGAUGCAUGUGACGUAAUGAAGCAUACACCAUUGUUUAGAGCUUGCGAGAUGGGGCACCGCGAAGUUAUUCGUACACUCAUUAAAGGAGGUGCUAAAGUGCAGUUGGUGGACAAAGAUGGACGUUCUCCUCUCCACUCAGCUGCAUUAGGGGGCAAUGCCAACGUCUGUCAGAUACUUAUAGAAAACAACAUUAAUCCUAAUGCACAAGAUUAUGAAGGCAGAACCCCCCUACACUGUUCAGCUUACGGAGGCUAUAUCGGUUGUAUGGAAGUACUAAUUGAGAACAAAGCAGAUCCUAAUAUCCAAGAUAAGAAUGGACGAACUGCUUUGCAUUGGUCCUGUAAUAAUGGUUACCUGGAUGCAGUAAAACUUCUUCUUAAAUAUGAUGCCUUUCCUAAUCAAAUGGAAAACACGGAAGAGAGAUACACACCAUUCGACUAUGCUCUGCUUGGUGGUCACCAGGAGGUUAUACAAUUCAUGCUGGAACAUGGUGCGUUGUCUAUUGCUGCUAUCCAGGAUAUUGCAGCCUCCAAAAUCCAAGCUGUAUACAAAGGUCACAAAGUACGGAGAGCCUUCCGUGAGAGGAAGAACCUAUUAAUGAAACAUGAGCAGUUGAGGAAAGGAGCUGCUGCAAAAAAGAGGGAGGGCGAAAACAAGAGAAAGACAAAAUUGUUGCUGAUGGGGCAGGAGAAGAAGAAAGAAGACAGUCAUAAAGAUGAAUACUUUUUCAGUGUAAAGCAAGACCAAUCCCAGGAUCAGUGGACAGAAAAAAGACAGAGUGAACAACUUACGGAGGUGUCACAUGAGCCGAAGGAGGAGGGAGAAAGUGAGCAUCAGGCCCAAAACAGGACUGCUCAGCAGGUCCCUAGGAAAGAAACCUCACCAAGACACAAGGAUCCUAAUAUGAGUCCUGUAGUAGCUAAUGUAAGAAGUGUUGCCCAAAUUUCAGCAUCUGCAAGUGAACAUUCUGAGAAGCAAUACAAUGAAAAUGGUCCUAACCAAAGUCAAAAUGAAAAUAAGAAGACUUCUAGACAUACAAAAGAAAUCUCAGAUGUGAUGCAAGGUUCAGGGGAUUAUGAACUUAACGAGACUGUUAGAAGAUCUCACCGAGUCAAGAAGGGAACUUCAAGUGCUUUUAGUCCAAAGAGAGAGUGCAACCAUCAAGAUACUGAAAAUCAUGAACUUGACAUCAAAGAAUGUAAUGCUUCAGAUACUUCCAUUUAUGAAGGCAAAGCAAAUAUUCAAAAGGUAACAAAAAAUACCACAGGCCACAGUAAUAAAAGAGGAACUGAAGACCUCAUCCAAAAAUUGGAAAACUGCAGCCUUUUGAACGUUGAACGUAGGCAUUCAUCUAGGAGACUGAAACCCGGGUCUGACAGUGUGAUUGAUAGAAUGUUGGACCAUAACAAUUAUCUGAAGGGUAGGGAGACAGGGGAUAGACAAAGCGGCCAACCUAGGAAACCAAGAUCUUCCCAAAACAAACAGCGUCCUGUAACUGGGAAACCUGGCCAAAAUGAGGAACGAAAGACGAGAAAAGCCCAUUGGUGCGCAUCUGCUGUGAGGUGCUCAGUACCCUAUCAGAACAAACAUGCUACCGCAUGUACAAAAUAUGAAGGGAAUUCAUCAUCUUAUGAUGCGGGUUUCAAAAGAGCCCAAAUGAUUCCAUUAUCUAGAGAGAAUACGCUUGGAGAAAACUGUAAGAUCAACUGGCAACAUUUAGACAUCGAAUUCAUUCCCUUACAGGCAAGAUUACUCCUGGUGGAGAGAGAAAAGGCCAGAAAACAGUUAUUCCAUCUCAAAUACCAGGCCGCAACAGUAAUUCAGAGGGCCUGGAGAGCACACAGGAACCGAAGAAAAUGUAACACAAUACGGAAAUCACGGUCUAAUUUACAUUGAAGGUAUUUUCAUAGAGACAUAUGUUUUUCUUAUAAUAUAUUCAGGCUAUUAUCAGCAGGUAUUAGGACGUGUGCCAUUGCUGUCUUUUAAGAGGUAAAUUACAACUAAGAACAGCCAUCUUUUUACUAGAUGACCUGGAUUUAGUUUUUGUUGCAUAACAGUAACUUGAGUGUUUUGAAUGUUGUACAUUUAGUAUAUCACAUUACUAAACAUGCACGGAAAAAAUGACCUUUUGUAAGGUUUGCUAGAAAUGAAUAUGGCUGCUGUUUGUAAUGUACCUUUGCCAAUAUAUAUUGGAUUAUUGCAACUAAUUUAACUGUAAACUGUGCAUUUUUUUUUUACAGUCAGUAUUAUUCUAAAGUGGCAAGAAAACUUUAGAAAAGUGUAUUUAAUAAAUAAUAGAACAGAUUUUUGUAAGCAGACAUGUCAUCCACAAAUGUGUGAAAAUAUGGAUUUGUAAUAGGAAAUAACAUUUGAUCGGUACAUUAGAGGCUGGUUGACAAAACUCCAAGCAUCCUAUAGCAGCAACAGAUUGCCCCCUCCUCAGCCACAUCAAUAACACUUUAAUAAAGUACACACCAAACAAAAUAACCACUACAACAUGCUGUACUGCUUAUGGUGCCAGGAGCCCAUCCACAUAAAAGUGGUCGAACUGUUUAAGAACAGUUUGACUUACACCUUCUGCGCUAAGCCCUGCAGUGCACGUACAUCUCAUUAGCAGAGAGUGUAAGCUGAUCUCUCACAACCAAUGACCCAAGUUGGAGUGGAUAUAGCUUCAAGCCAUCAUGGAGGGGAUCCCAGUUAAGAAGUCAAUCCUUUCUAGAACAGUUUGACUUCAUAAAUAGGUAGGGGCCUGUCACCAUUACCACUACAGGGUGCUGUAAUGGUUGUAAAGCUUGGCAUGUUCCUUUAACACACCAGCAUUAUCUGUGUGACAUUUGUGUUUUUUUGGAUGCACAAACCCAUUUCAUCUGUGUCGAAUAUAUCAAAUCUACACCUGAACAAAUUGAUCCGUCCGGGAUUUACCUGUGGAGUCUUAUAAUGGUCCACAAGUAAAUCCCGGAUGUAUAGAUUCGUUCGGGAUAAGAGAAAAAUAACCCGAUUCGUUCGUCACAGCUGAAAUGGAUUUGUUCACAAGUCUAUAAUUUAAUUUGUUCUUUAAUGGAUUCCUGUCACGCACAUGAUGCUAGGAUAGAGGAAUAGGUUUAGUUUGACAUUUCCGCCCUGCCAGGGAAACUUGCAAUAUACCCAGUGUGGUUAUGUGCAAUGCACUUUAUGGUGUUUAUUCACAAAAAUACUAAACUCUAUGGAAUUAAAAAAAUAAAAAUACUAACACGUUUUUUAACCAAAUGUAUUGGAAAUAUUCUCAAACUCUGGCUUACAACACUUUGACUUGCCAUUUCAGUUACAAAUGUUUUCAGGAAUCGGCAUAGAAAAAAAGAUUUUCAUAAAAUUAUCUGAUUCAACCACAGAGAAACUGCUGUGGUCUUAAGACUAAUAAGUCACUUUGUAAAAGUAAAUAGGUCGUCAAUAUCUCCACACCCUGUCUUGUAAGAUAUAUACUAAAAUGUGACACAACCAAAAAAAAAAAAAAAAAUUACAUAUCAUCUUAAAAUUGUAGUGUUUUAUAAAUGAUUAUAUUUAAGAGAUUUAUAACAAUUCAAGUGUUACAUUUACAUAUUCACGAGAAUGUUUCCAAUCCCUUUCCAGUAAUCCACCUUUAGUACGUGUUUUGUAACCGGUACAGAGAAUUUUUAUUUUAAAAAAAGGGUUUUUUUUUUGUUUGUUUUUUGUGUGGCGGGGGGAUGGCCCCAUAACACAAAAUACUACUUAUAUUUUAUAUGACUUGCUGCCUUACACAUAUUUAUAUCUUAUGCACACCUUUAUAUGCAUUGUGUUUACAUGUAUAUAACAUUGUAUAGAAUAUACAGUAGAAUUUUAUGAUUACAUAUGUAUCCGUUCGUU